CAAGCCAAGUAGGAGGCACAAAAAAAAGAACUCAAAAAACCAAGAAAAAAAGACUGCGUUUCUUCCAACUUCUUGGUUUUCCGGCUUCUCCCACAGUGAAACACAGAAAUUCUGGAAAUAGGGCAACAAAAAUGAGCUCAACAGCGAUUCUUUCCAGAUUAUCAACUGUGCGAGGAAGAUGCAAAUCAAUUUCCCAAAUUUCUAACAUAUUCAAAUCAACCUCCCCUUCUCCAGUUUCUUCUUCUACUAAGCGCAUUCCUCGUAUUUCAAGGUUACCAGUUGAGGCGAGCUGCUUACUCACAAUGUUGCCGUUGCACAGCGCAAUUGCUUCUGCUAGAUUACAGUCUAUAUUAUCUGUUGAUUCCCAGAGUUGGUGUUUAGUUCCUCAAGGCAUGUCAAUGCCUUUAUGAUAGUAUCUUCGUCUGUUUUUGGAUCAUACCCAGGGGACCCUUCAAGUGGGAAAACAUGCAGAGGCACCCCCUAUUUUUCUUUUAUGUAGUUUCAGGGAGAACAUAACGUUCCAUGUUUUGGUUGGUUAAAUCCUAAUUGUAUGUCUUCUAAACUCCAAUACAUAUGGAAAAUCAUGUUUGUUGCUCACGUCACACUCCUGUGAUCAUCAAAGACCUUUCAGGAUAACAGAGUACAGUAAUCUGCCAAUGAUUUUUCUUGCCUGUCA